GUGAGUUCUCAAGGGAAAACUCUCUCUUCUCAACGUCUAAAUAAAAUUAUCCUUUGUGCUAUUAGAUCCGUAUCUAUAUCCUGUCUUCGUCCUUGCGUAAAAAUUUCACGAUUUUUCUCAUCCUUCAAUUUUGUUCCAUUUUAUUGAUUUACUUUUUUUUUGCUUUUCGAUCGACUUACAAACUUUUUCUUUAAUCGUGGGUGAAUUAUUUUUCUGUGAUUUUAAUUAAAACGCGAAUGGCAUGCGAAGUGAUUCGUUAAAUGCGAUAUCUGAGAAACGGUUUGUAACAGUUUGUUUGUAUUUGAUUGAUCGUGAGGGAAUCACGCUGUUUGGAAUCGUUACGAGGGAAGCGAUGAUUAUUGUGCCGUGCCACUGUGGUAAUAUUUUCCCGAUUCCGGAUACGCUUCUGUGUUAAAUCGUCCGCGGAAUUUUCAACGUAAACAUUUAUCCUCGUACAGGAUCGAGUUAUUUUCGAUUGCAUUUGAUAUUCGAUGGGAUAAAAAAGCGAUCGAUGGUGGAUAUGUCUGGAAGAGUUACGAUGGAGUAUUUUUAAGGAUUUCAUUCAGGAUAAUUAGUGAAUUCGAGCGAUUUAACGUGACGUUACGAGACUUUCGCGAAAGGGACACACACAAUUUUCUGCUAAAAAUAACGAAGACAUUCGCCGGUACAUUGGAAUCCCUUGGUGCACAAUUUUAGAUCUAGCAAACUCGAUCGUCUGUCCCCUCACGUGUGUGACAAGCUUUCACUCGAGCUCUUCUCAUCGUCAAGAUUUUAUCGUUUCUACAUAUCGUUGAUUACGACCACUUUACGCAAUAAAAGGAGAUUUUUUUUUUUAAAUUUAUUUUCGAUAAUAAAACGAUUUGAUACGAUUGCAUUUCGCGAGUGAAACGAAACUAAUUGCUUUUUACAACGAAAGUUGAUAACGUCCCCUUAUGUCACGGAAAACUAACUAGUUUCGCCGGUAAUUUAAAAUUGUCUUUAUCUAGCUACUCGUUUCUAAUUGCUUUUCAUUUGAACUUUGUAGUUUCUACACAGAUACUGACAGAAUAAAAUUUUCCGGUUUUAUUGGCGAUAAUUUCUGGAUGUUAAAAUGUACUUUUUAUUUCACACAUUAAACGUAAAUGCAUAAAUUGUACGAUAUAUGUACUAAUUUUUCUAUAAAUGAAACGUGUAUUUUAUAAUAUUAUUAUUGUUAGUAUUACGAUAAUUUAAAUCGAUAUAGAUAUUUGCAUUAGCAAAAAUAUUUUUUAAUUCAAUAUUAAUACGUGACUCAUAAGAGUUUGAAUUACUUAAUUUUGAAGCAAUUUAUUUCAAUUUGCGCAAUAAAGGUUAUCAGUUUAACAAUUUACCACGUAAAAAAAAUAAAAUGAACAUAUUAACAAUUAUAUAGAUUAUUAAUUUUGUAACUCGUAUUAUAGUAUCGCAAAUUUGCUAUUUUUGCUCUUUUAUCAAUAUUUUAAUAAUCUUGCUUGAACAAUAUCAUCGAAUCUAAUUCAUAACUUUAAAAAAAAAUUAAAAAGUUCAUAAAACUUUUUCGUUAAGAUUAGAAAAGUUUUCCUAGUAAAGAUAUAAAACAUAACGUAAAAAGUAAACUAAAUAAAUUAUGUAAAAUAUAGACUUUUUCUUAAAGAUUUCUCAAACAAGGGUUAAAAAUUAGAUCGUCACGAAUGAGAGGAGUUAGUAGUUCUUAAAAUCCCUAAGCGUUUCAGGUGAGGUCAGCAUAGAUUAACUUUGUCGGUUGGAAAUUAACAAAAGGUUCAUCCCUUGUUGACGAGUUCGGAGAAUUCAUUCGCUCUGCGAUCCUGACACGCGCGAUUUGCCUAAUGUGCACGUAUACUUACACGUACGUACAUUAAACACUAACGUGUAUGCACGCGUCGUUUGCCUGGAAUUAACACUUCGACAUGUACAAACGGAUCAGUAUAGGAAUCGAGCCAGAAAUUCAAAUUCCGCUCUGACUCAGACCAGUCACUACGCAAACUCCGACCAGGCCAACUGUCUCAUAGUACAUGCCUUUCGUGUUGUAAAUAAUACUGUGAAAAGAAACCUCAGACCGAAGAUGGGCAAGCUUUUGAGCCUUUUGGCUCGAGAUGAGUCUACCUGUUGCACGCCUCAAAAGUACGACGUCUUUUUGGAUUUCGAAAAUGCACAACCUUCCGAUAUAGAACGGGAAACCUUUGAAGCGGUGCAAAGAGUUUUGAAAAAUUCAGAAUCUAUUUUAGAGGAGAUUCAAUGCUACAAAGGUGCAGGAAAAGAAAUCAGGGAGGCGAUUUCGGCUCCCACGGAAGAGUGUCAACGAAAAGCUUACCUGACUGUUGCACCUCUAGUCGCCAAGCUGAAAAGAUUCUAUGAAUUUUCAUUGGAACUUGAGAAGGUAGUACCAAAAAUCUUAGGCCAACUGUGCUCCGGUAAUCUCUCCCCGACCCAACAUCUCGAGACUCAACAGGCUUUGGUGAAACAGCUGGCGGAAAUUCUGGAAUUCGUCUUGAAAUUUGACGAGCACAAAAUGAAGACACCCGCCAUUCAAAAUGAUUUUAGUUAUUACAGAAGAACGUUGACCAGAGCAUCCCUGGCGCGACAAGAAAGCGCUGAAAAGGACCUCGUGGUCGGGAACGAGCUCGCCAACCGAAUGUCCUUGUUCUACGCCCACGCGACACCCAUGCUUCGUGUUCUGAGUCACGCGACCAUUACUUUCUUGAUGGACAACGAAGAUGUAGCACGUGAAAAUAUUACUGAAACUCUUGGCACCAUGGCCAAAGUUUGUCUGCGCAUGUUAGAAAAUCCGAAUUUAUUGGCGCAAUUCCAACGAGAAGAAACUCAACUCUUUGUUCUGAGAGUGAUGGUAGGGUUAGUGAUCCUUUAUGAUCAUGUUCAUCCCCAAGGUGCCUUUGUUAAGGGUUCGAAUGUCGAUGUUAAAGGCUGUGUAAAGCUAUUGAAGGAUCAACCACCUUGCAAAAGCGAGGGUCUUUUGAAUGCUCUUCGCUACACCACCAAACACCUGAACGAGGAGAAUACACCGAAAAAUAUCAAGAACCUUCUAGCAGCAUGAUUACCAAAGCAGCGCGGAUGCUGCAUCAGAAGCUAAGACAAAUUGAACGAACGACAUCCUUUCAAAUUUUGUGUGUACGAGAUCGUCGAAGCGACUUUAUAUGACACCAAACAAGCAAUCUCCUGUUUCUGAUCGUGGCUGGGUGGUGGACCAUUAAAAAAAAAACGUGUCUUUCGUAAUCGAGUCUAUAGCUGCCCGAAAACUGCCGACUUCUACAUACCUUCUGACGAAAAAAAGAAAUAAAAAAAAGUAAAAAAAAAUAAAUAAAUAAAAAAAAAACAAAAAAAAGUAAAAAGAAAAAAAGAAAAAAAAAUAAAAAAAAAGUAAAAAAACAAAACAAAAAAAGUAACAAAAAAGAAAAAAAGAAGAAGACAGAUAGGAAAAUCGUAGAAAAGCAAACGAAUCGAAACGACUGAACCAUCAGAGGAAUUGUUGCACUCGUUCUUAAGCGAUGUCUUUGUGAGAGUGUGAACAUUUAAGUUAUUAUUAUAACAUUACAAAUCUUUUUCUCUCACAUACACACAUUACAUCUUGAUUAUAUUAUCGAUCAUUGCUAUUAAUUAUUGCUAUUAUUGCAAUUUUUCACGUUCGUUCGAAUUAUUAUUGUCACCCAAGUAUUAUUACCCUGAAAUAAUUAACAUCAUCACGUGUAACAACAAUUAUGUAUUUGUCUUCCCUUGUGAAAAAUGGGAAGGGAUCGAGUUAAUUAGACCAUAUCAAUAGUAUUUUAGGGUAAUUUUUACGAUUAUCACGAAUGAUUCUCGAGAAAAACGUUACAAUGAGAUGUUUAAUAACGUUGUAAGAUAUAUUGCGCAGAUUUUUACUAAUUGUUUUGUUUGUUGAACGAUUGUCAUUCAAGGCAAAUGGACGAUUAAGAGAAAUUGUUGAUGAAUACAGGGGGCUGGAUAUUGAAAAUUAAAAUAGGAGGACAAAUGUUUACUUUGUUUCGUUGAUAUCGAUGUAUUUUAUUAUAGAUUUUGUUUUAUUAAUUUGUUAAUAGUAAGUUAUUAACACGCGUAUUUCGUUGAAAAAUGAAUUACGCUGAUAUAUUUUCUUCUUUUGUUUUUUUUUCUUUCUUGUUUAUCUUUUCUUGUUCGUUUCUAUAUAUUUCGUAUAUAAAGAAAGUUAAUAACCAAAGAUAUUGUUGCUGAACAUUUAUAAUGUCGCUGAUUUUAUUGUGAAUUUAUUAUCGCAGUAUUUUUUGAGGAAAUGCGUUAUUUAUAAGAGGAAAAAGUUAUCGAAAA